AUGCGAUUCUACAAAAAGGAACUGCCCGAUGUGGACGAGGUGGUCAUGUGCCAGGUGCAGCAGAUCGCCGAGAUGGGCGCGUACGUCAAGCUGCUCGAGUACGACGGUGCCGAGGGCAUGAUCCUGCUUUCCGAGCUCUCCAGACGUCGUAUCCGAUCGAUCCAGAAGCUCAUCCGCGUGGGCAGGAACGAGGUGGUGGUGGUGCUGCGUGUGGACAAGGAGAAGGGCUACAUCGACCUGUCCAAGCGACGAGUGUCGCCCGAGGACGUGGUCAAGUGCGAGGACCAGUUCACCAAGUCGAAAGCGGUGCACAGCAUCAUGGCGCACGUUGCGGGCAAGCUGGGACGCGAGGUGGAGGAGCUGUACGACUCGAUCGUCUUCCCAUUGCACGACAAGUACGGCCACGCGUUUGACGCCUUCAAGCUCGCCAUCCUCGACAUGGACAAGACGUUCGAAGGCAUCCAGAUGGACGACGAGGUGCGCAAGGAGCUGCACGCCAACAUUGCGCGCAGGAUGACGCCGCAGCCGGUCAAGAUCCGUGCCGACGUCGAGGUGACGUGUUUCGGCUACGAGGGCAUCGAUGCGGUCAAGAAGGCGCUGCGUGCCGGCGAGGCGGUCUCCAGCGAGGCCAUCCCAAUCAAGAUCAAGCUCGUGGCGCCGCCGCUGUACGUGCUCAUCACCAACUCCACCGACAAGGUGGGCGGCAUUGCGCUCAUGGAGCAGGCACUCGAAAAGAUCACCGAGAGCAUCCGCGCCAGCGGCGGCGACGUCAACAUUAAGAUGAAGCCCAAGACGGUGUCCGAGGUGGAGGACCAGGAGCUCGAGCAGCUCAUGGCGCGUGUCGAGAAGGAGAACGCCGAGGUCGAGGGCGACGAGGACUCGGAGGGCGACGACUAA